AUGAGCUUGUUUGUUUUCCCCUCAGUUUUUACAGCAAUUUUUACAAAUCUCAAUGCCACUGGAAGAUAUGGUCCAACAACGCUGGGCAGUCACUACACAGGUCAGGAUCAUGACGGACAAGUUACACUGUCCAACGGUAUUCAACAAUGGACUGUGCCGUACACUAGCUUCUACAAAAUAAGAGCGAUUGGAGCAGCAGGAGGGUACGAUUCAUACCCUAACAGCCGUCAAUACCGUGGAAGAGGAGCAAGAAUAGUUGGAAAAUUCCGUUUAAACGAGGGUGAAGUUAUCCAGAUACUUGUAGGUCAAGAAGGAGGAAUAAACAAGAGGGAUCGAUCCUCUGGUGGUGGUGGAGGUACAUUUGUGGUGAGAGGAACCGACACACCUUUGAUAAUAGCUGGAGGCGGAGGAGGGAUAGAUUCUGCAGAGUCAAGACAUGCAGGAUGUGACGCCAGCGCAAAGACAACAGGGCAUUCUGGAUAUAAGUCAUGGUCAGGAGGGAGCAAUGGGCAUGGUGCUCAAACUGCUGAUGAUGGUAACUCAGGUGGCGGUGGUGGCGGGUUUUAUUCCAGUGGAAGAAAUGGAGAGAAUUUCAAUGGAACCAAGGGAGAGGGCGGAGAAGGUGGUGAUGGAUUUCUUCAGGGAGAUGAAGAAGAGGAGCAUCUUCCACAAAUUGAAGAACUUGAAGAAAGUAUAGCCAAAAAAGACGCAGUUACCCAACUUCAUUCAGACCUCGCCCAAAUAAGAGAAACUGCACAAAGUCUGGAAAAGGGAGGAGAACACUGCACCUGUAUCACUCAGCAGGGUCUUAUGGUGAAUUCUAGGAGUUACCCAUGA